UCACCACCCAAACUCGCUAUGCUAUCCCAUCCGAAAUCUCUAAACUCCCUCUCUAGUCUCUGUUGACAAAAGCUACUCUGCAUUACAAACAAGAAAUGGCUCCAGUUUCUGCCACUCCUUUCCUCUCCACACUCUACACAAGGGUUCGCCUGGCAACACCUGAGGAUGUCCCUCACAUCCACAAGCUCAUCUACAAAAUGGCUGAUUACUAUCACCUUGCUGACACCUUUGAAGCCACUGAAUCUUCCCUUUCCGCCCAUCUUUUCAAAUCACCUCCUUUCCAAUCUUUUACCACCUUUCUUGCUGAGGUUUCCACUAAACCUCUACCCAGAAUUGAGUCCCCUCAUUUCACGCCCGUUGAGCGCGUUGUCCAGAUUGAUCGUCCUGUAAUCGACCCGGACGCUGAGACCUUCAAGAGUACAAGCGGUGGUGAUGCUGUUGUCGUUGGGUUUACUCUGAUUUUCCCCAACUUCUCGACGUUCAUGGGAAAACCAGGGUUCCAUUUGGAGGAUUUGUUCAUCAGAGAGGGUCACAGAGGGUUUGGAAUGGGGAAGUUGCUGCUCUCCGCGGUGGCUUCUCAGACGGUGAAAAUGGGGUAUGGGAGAGUGGAGUGGACGGUGAUCGACUGGAAUGUGAGAUCUCAUAAGUUCUAUGAGCGAUUAGGUGCUAAAGUUUUGCCUGACUGGAGGAUUUGCAGAUUGAGCGAGGAGAAUCUUGAAGCUUAUGGUGAUGCCAAAUGUCAUUUUAAUUUUGACUUGAAUUAAAGGGUGAUGAACAAGAAGAAGACGGUGAUCAACAUGAAUAAAGUUAUUAGUGUUUGUUGCAUGUAAAAUCUUACAAUUUCCUGAUAAAAAAUUAGUGUGUUUGGCUUGCUUGCAUGGUAUCUAGAAGACCAUGAAAAUGAAUAAAGUCAAUAGUGUUUGUUUGUUA